UCUCUCUCUCUCUCUGACACACACACAACCCCCUCACAAACACAAACACACACACACACACACACACACAGACAGACAUGAUCUCCUCCUCAGUGUUGUUCUAUGGGAUCUACGUGCUGUGCCUGUGUCUGGGACUGCUGUGUGUGGUGUUUGUCAGUUACUGGAACAUCGAGUGGCGUGGUGGCUUUGCCUGGGAUGCGUCCUUUCUGCAGUUCAACUGGCAUCCCGUACUCAUGGUGACUGGCCUGGUAGUCCUCUAUGGGAACGCGGCUAUCCUAUACCGCAUCCCCUUUACCUGGAGUCAGAGGAAGCAACACUGGAAGCUGGUGCACGCUUCUCUGAUGCUGUCCUCCCUGUUCCUGUCCAUCCUUGGGCUGUGUGCUGUGUUUGACUUCCACACAGGCUACCACAUCCCCAACCUGUAUUCCCUCCACAGCUGGGUGGGCAUCUGCACCGUAGUCCUGUUCACAGUCCAGUGGGUCCUUGGCCUGGUUGGUUUCCUGUCUCCCUGCUCUCCCCUCGGGUUCCGUAAGCUCCUGAAACCAGUUCACGCCUGGAUGGGCAUGGCCAUCUUUAUCCUCAGCCUGGCCUCCUCUCUCUCUGGCAUCAACGAAAAACUGCUCCUUGCUCUCGACGGCAACAGCAACAGCACCGCAGCCUAUUCCUCACAUCCUGCAGAGGCCUUGUUUGCUAACUUCCUGGGUGUCCUGAUCGUGGCCUUUGGAUUGGUGGUCCUUGGAAUCCUGUCCAACCAGAGGUGGAAUAGGCUGGAGCCAGAGCAGGAGAGCUCUAGAUCAUUGCUUCCGGAGGACAACUGAAGAAGUAGAAGACCUUGGUGUCCUAUUCUUCUCCCUGCCCUUUUCUAUUUUUGGAUAAUGGAUCAAUUGGAGACAAAGAACACUGAUGUUCCCUCCUGUGUCUCAGAAUACCAGCUGUGGUAGUAGUUACACGUGACAUGAUGACUGACAUGCAAUGUUUUUACUCUAUACUGUCUAUAGUAUAUGGGAGACAAUGUGCAUUAAAGCCUUAUUGUGUGGUAUAAGCCCUAUAGAAAAUGUUGUGGUCAUACACACAUCCUUAAAAACAUAGGUGUUGGGCUAAAAAAGAAUACUAGUAUAGAACAAUAAUUCACCACUUUAUUGACAACGUUUUGAUCCAAAACUAAUUUUCGUCAGGUAAAACAAACAAAGUGAGUGCUCACAUCCCAAAAUAUGCACAUUUCACCUCAUAUGACCAUUGCCGACAUGACGCAUGGUGGGUGCAAAAACAAUUUGUGUGUCUCUAAUAAUGUAAUAACUAUCACAUGUCAGGUAAGACCCAGAUGCAGACAACGUCGAAGUAACAACAGUUUAUUAAUAGAACAGGGCAGGCAAAAGGCAGGCAGAGGUUGGUAAUCCAGAUAGGUGAGGCAAAGGCACAGGACGGUAGGCAGGCUCAGGGCAGGCAGAAUAGUCAACACCGGUAUAAAUACACAGGGGAUAAUGGGGAAGAUGGGUGACACCUGGAGGUGGUGGAGACAGUCACAAGACAGGUGAAACAGAUCAGGGUGUGACAAAUAACAAUGAGAUGGGUACAGGUAGUCGUUCCAGAAAAUAAUAUAUAUUUACAAAAUGGCUAAGUAGGUGACCUGGAAGGCAAGACUAAUCAAAGUGACAUAUUCAUGUAGGAAAUGGUCUAUAGGCCCUAUACCAUACAAUUAUUAGACUGUACUACUGCAUAGUCCAUUCUUAAAAGCUCUCUUAGGGCUCGGAUGCCACUAGCGGGAUCAAAAUCGACAACAUCCGGUGAAGCUGGAGCGCGCCAAAUUCAAAUUACAAAAUUGUAAUAUUAAACAUUCAUGAACAUACAAGUGUCUUACAUCAUUUAAAAGCUUAACUUGUUGUUAAUCCAACCGCGUUGUCAGAUUUAAAAAAGGCUCUACGGCG